AUUUCACAAGAUACGAAGUGAAUCGGGAAAAAUUUCACAAAACGUAAUAACAUUUUUGUAUAAAACAUUAAAAGUUGUGAUUAAAUUCCAUUCUUUAGGUUUAGUUGUAGUGUAAGUAAUUAUUAACAUUAAUCAUGAUGGGUUCACAAAAUGCUUGGGGAAACUCCGCCUGUAAACCAAUGGAACCAGUGAGCUUCGCUGAAAUAAUGUCAGAAGAAUAUGCACAUCGUGUCCACAACCAGGAACAGAAACGUUUCGAAGAACUUUUAUCGAAACAAGCGAAAAGUGAAUCUACAGAUGCGGCACUAGCUUCAACCUUGAAUAAUCAAAUGGGUGAUAUUAAACUUUAUUCUACAGUUGUAAAUGGACCGUCAUCAUCCUCUCGCAAGGAGAAUAUACAGGCAAAAGAUGGGGAGUGGGAAGAUUAUUCUUCCUUAUUGGGAACUCUAGAUGAAGAAGGCACUGCCGAAUGUGAUUCUGAUGCAAUUAUCGCACAAAUGCUUCAGUCACAAUUCGAUCACGAACAUAAUGAAGAGUUACGCCGCAUUGAAAAUAAGCGCAACAAAGAUUGCAAAGUAACGGUAACAUUAGACAAGUAUCGACGCAACGGUGAUUUGGAAUUUAUAUACGACUCAGAUAAUUCUCUUGAUCCUGAUGAAGAAGAUAAUCAACAUAAACGUGACUGGGAUCGUUUUGAAACAAAUGAGAAACUUCUAGACACAAUUCCGAAAUGUGGAUUUAAGAUGGAUAAAGAGGGAGAAAUGAUAACCAAACAUGAUCCGCAAUUAUGUGGAGUGCGCAAUGCAUGUCGAGUAAUGUCAUUUCCGCCAGAUUUUCCCACAGGUGAUGGUGCCGGUUUCGACAUGAAGCUUUCAAAUAAAGUUUUUAAUCAACUGAAAACAUACUCGCAGAGAGGUACUAAGAAAAAUAAAAUGCAUGACCGAAAAGCUAAUGUGGCCACAGCGGAAAUGGGUCUUGAUAAACCUACACGUCUUCUUCUUUAUAAACUUUUGAGUAAUCAAAUAUUAGGGGACAUCAACGGUAUUAUAUCGACUGGCAAAGAGGCCGUAAUAAUACACGCCACUUCUAAUGCUGAUUUUGCAAAGGAUACAAACAAUUAUAAUAAAGUAAUCUGCUCCCCACAUUCACUGCCAUUAGAAUGUGCUAUAAAAAUUUUCAAAACCACAUUAAACGAGUUCAAACAACGUGAUAGAUAUAUUAAGGAUGAUUACCGAUUUAAAGAUCGCUUUAGCAAACAAAAUAAUCGCGUUAUUAUAAAUAUGUGGGCAGAAAAGGAAAUGCAUAAUAUAGUGCGUAUGCAAAGCGUUGGAAUCAAUUGUCCAGAGGUUGUGGCGUUAAAAAAACAUAUUUUGGUUAUGUCCUUUGUUGGUAAAGAUAAUAUAGCUGCUCCUAAAUUGAAAAACGCACGCUUAAACGAACUGGAACUUUCUUCAGCAUAUGAAGAAAUUGUAACUUCAAUGUAUAAACUGUACAACGAAGCAAAACUAGUACACGCUGAUUUGAGUGAAUACAAUAUUCUGUGGUAUGAUGGCAAAUGUUGGUUCAUCGAUGUAGCGCAGUCAGUGGAGCCUGAACAUCCUAGUGCAUUAGAGUUUCUAAUGCGUGAUUGCGGCAAUAUUAUCACUUUCUUUGAAAAGCGUGGUUUACCAAAUAUUUAUACAAAAGAACAACUUUUUGAGCAUAUAACAUCUUUGAAUGCCGAAACGCAUAAUGUUGCCAUGCUCGAACGUAUUCAUACGCGUGGAGCGUCAAUAGCUGCCGCGACAGCUCCCAGCCAAGAAGAAUGUCCCGAUGAAUUGAAACCCCUAACCUAUCCCUUCGAUUUAGCCUGGGAAAAAGUUCAGAGUGAACGUAAACAGCAGAAAAUAAAAGAAUUGAAGACGAAUUCAUCUGCACCAAUUAUUGAUCGAGCAGCCUCGGCAAUGAGUGUUUUAAAGAUUAGCACUCCAACUACUGAAACAGAAAAUAAGUUUUAAGAAAAAAAUACGUUGAUCACUUGACGUAAAGAUUUAUGAAUAUAAACUAUUGGGACUAAUUCAAUCUUGGUAAAUUGUAAUCGAAAGUAACCUUUUCCGUGCCUAAAUACUGCCUAAAGGUUCGAUAUAAAAAAUUACUUGAAAUAAAGAAAAGAUUUAGUUCAGUUUUCCAAAAAAAA